UAGCCCCACCCAGACACCAACUAGCCCCGCCCCAACCCCUGCUAGCCUCACCCAGACACCCGCUUCCUUUCUAUUUUGAUUUCUUAGUGACCAACAAGCAACUUUUGGAGCAGUUUGCUCAACAAAAGGAUGAGAGUCAUGUGAAAAUUUCAUCCACAUGUAAAGUAUUUGCCUCAGGAGAGCUUGUAUUUGUCAUAAUCCAUGUGUUUGUCCAUUUUUGAUUAGAGACACUAAAGCAAAAAUUAGAAGAAUCAAAAGAAUGCUUUCUUCCUCCCAUCGUAAUAACUGGAACCUGAAGGCAAGUGUCAGAGAGCUGCAAAGGAGAUGCAUGAAUAUGUGUGAAGAGAGAGAUGCACUUGACUUGAUGUUGGAGAAGAGAGAGAACAGAAUAAAAAGUGCCGAUCUGGAGCAGGAGGAAUUUCAGAAGACAUUUCAAGAGAAAGAGAUGGCUCUACAGCAGAAGCUGGGGCAGCUUGAGCAGGACUGGAGAGCGAAGCUGGAAAGAGUGAUGGAGGAGAGGAGCGAGCAAGAGCAGCGUGUGAAGCAGGAGAUCCAGGCUCUGCUCCUUAAGCUGUUCAAGACUGAGCAGCUGCACCAGACCCAGAUAUGUGACUAUGAGGUCAAGUACAGGGACUCACUAAAACUGGUGUCUGAGCUGCAGCGUCAAAUCAAGGAGCCUGAGGUGAGAGUCUGAAAUGGAG